GGCAGUUCUUCGCAAGACGGGAAACGCUUCGGAACUCUUUGGAGAAUCAUCUCCUCUUAUUUACCGGUGCUUGUUGGUGACCUGCGACAAAAGCAUGGAGUUGACACGUUACCUACUGCUUUUGUCCCACGGGACAUCCAUGUGGGACAACAGCUUGUGGUCGUUCGCGAUCGGGGUGUAUCUCGUGAUCUUGUUCCCGGAAUCGCUGGCGUUGACUGCCAUCUAUGGCCUGAUCCUGGCGGCUUCCAUACUCAUCUUCGGCAGCACGAUCGGCUUCUGGAUUGACCACACGCCGAGACUGCAAGCGGCCCGGAUCGCAUUACUGGUGCAAAACUGUUCAGUGGCUGUAUGUGCUGUAAUCUUGUGCAUCCUGCUAACGUACUCGGACCAAUGGGAAGCCGAAGGCAAUCAAACGCUAAUCCUGAUUGCACAAAUUGGCGUGGUGCUAAUUGCUGACGUAGCAUCUCUGGCGUCAGAAGCUCAGCGCAUCAUUCUGGAACGCGACUGGAUCGUCAUCAUCUCUGGCGGGGACUUGGAAGAGCUUGCAAGUAAUAAAUUCUCACACAAGAAAAAAAAAAUUAGUCUGUUGUCACCUGUCGUAGCUGCCGUGUCUUUGGCUGUUUGGAAUGUGAUAUCAUUGACUGUCGAAUUCUUGCUGCUUGGUUACAUAUUCAAGAAAGUCCCUGAGCUAGAACGUUCGCGUUCCAACUCGACAUUUCCGAACAACGACACGACUGAUACUGGUGAAGAGUCAUCAGCGAAAAGAGAAAAUUGGUUGGUGCAGGCAGUAAAGGCAUGGAAGCUGUACUUCAUACAUCCUGUAUUUCCGGCUGGGUUUGGCCUAGCUUUGUUGUACAUGACGGUGCUUGGAUUCGAUAACGUGACGACAGGCUACCUUUACUCGCAAGGAGUACCAGAAUGGUUGCUGGGAGUCACUACCGGAGCCGGGUCAAUUUUUGGGGUCAUUGGGGCUAUUGUGUACCCUUUCAUCCGAUCCCGAUGCGGGUUACCUGUGACAGCCAUCAUCGGUUUUGCCACUUUGAACAUUUUGACUUCCGGUGCGAUUGUAGCUUCCUUUUUGCCCGGAUCCCCAUUUGAGGUUUACACCGGAAGUCAAGAAGUGGCGGAGGUUCUUCCGGUCGAGAAUAACCCAUCGAUCAUCACUUUCAUCGCGUGCCUCGUGGUCGGACGAGCAGAUGAUAUCACAGGUCUUAUGUAUGAAUGCUUUCCAGGGUUGUGGGUUGCGGAUUUAGCAGUGACCCAAAGCAUGCAAGAGACCAUCAAGCCUGAGCUUCGCGGAGAAAUUAACGGGGUGCAAUCGUCCAUGAAUUACUUGAUGGAGGUGAUCAAGUUCGGACUGGUCACUGCGUUGCCGAAACCCGGGUCUUUCGGGUAUCUGAUUACUGCAUCCGAAUGCUUCACUGUUCUCGGGUAA